CCUGUAAAAGAGCUGAAUUCAGUAAGAUCAAAGACGUCCCUUAUAGAAGAUGAAUUUGUUAUUUUCACAAUGUAUCUGUUAUUCCAUAGAGAGUUAUUAUGAGGGGUAAAAUCAUGUUUGUAAAUCUGCAGUUUCUUCUUUGAAUCAAUCCUUAAUCGUAUCACUUGAACAUGUUCUCGGUGUGUAAACGCAUUAUUUCGCGCGGGACUUUUAUUGUGACGGGGUGUCGUGACGUCACAGGCCCGCGCCGCGCUCCUGCAUCUGUGACUCUGCUGAAGAAAGAGAAACUCCUGCUGAAGCACACUGUUAUAAAGAUGGCGUUUAUUAAAGAGGAGAGAGAAGACCUGAAGAUUGAAGAAGAUUUCAGAGUCAAACAUGAAGAUACUGAGACACAACAAACAGAGAUGAUGUUUAUUAAAGAGGAGAGAGAAGACCUGAAGAUUGAAGUCAAACAUGAAGAUACUGAGGAACAAACAGACCUGAUGCCACUGCAAGAGGAGAGACAAGAACUGAAUAAAAAAACAGAAACUUGGAACCUUAAAGUCCACACUGAAGAGAGUCAUUUUAGAUGCCAACAGUGCGGAAAGAAUUUCAGUCGAAAACAAAGCCUUAAAAUGCACUUAAAAAUCCACAGUGGAGAGAAGCCAUUCAUAUGCCCUCAGUGCGGAAAGGGAUUUACACUGAAUAAAACACUUAGUGCCCACAUGAGGAUUCACACUGGAGAGAAACCUUACUCCUGCGAACUGUGUGGGAAGGUUUUCUCUCGAAAAGAAAGUCUUACAAUUCACAUGAGGAUUCACACCGGAGAGAAGCCUUACCCCUGCCAGCAGUGUGGGAAGAGCUUCUCAGUAAAAGGAAAUCUUAAAAUUCACAUGAGAAUUCACACCGGGGAGAGGCCGUUUAUAUGCUCUCAGUGUGGAAAGAGUUUCUCACUAAACAGACAUCUUGAAGUUCACAUGCAAGAUCACACCGGCGAGAGGUUGUUCAUCUGCUCUCAGUGUGCGAAGAGUUUUAAGCAGAAAAAAGAACUUGAUGCCCACAUGAGAAUUCACACUGGAGAGAAGCCUUACUCCUGUGAACUGUGUGGGAAGAGCUACAAAAUCAAAGCAGUCCUCAAUAUUCACAUGAGAGUUCACACUGGAGAGAAGCCUUUUGUUUGUGAUCACUGUGGAAAGAGUUUCAGAUAUAAAGAAAGCCUUAAUCAUCACAUGAGGAUUCACUCAGGAGAGAAAGGUUUUAUUUGUCAUCUGUGUGGAAUGAGUUUCCCAGACAGGAAUCACCUUGAGAAUCAUGUAAAAAUUCACGCCGGAGUUAAGCUUUUCAUGUGCCAUCACUGUGGAAAGAGUUUCAAACAAAGAAUGAACUUUGUGAAUCACAUGAGAGUUCAUACUGGAGAGAAGCCUUUCUCCUGCACUCAGUGUGGAAGGAGCUUCACAGGUAAAGGACACCUUGAGUAUCACAUGAGAGUUCACACUGGAGAGAAGCCUUACACCUGCCCUAAUUGUGGAAAGAGCUUCACAAAUAAAGGAAACCUUAAUACCCACAUAAGAGUUCACACUGGAGAGAAGCCUUACAAGUGUCUUCAGUGUGAAAAUAGUUUCACAUAUCACACAGAACUGAAACGGCACUUGCAAACUCAUUCUGGAGAGAAAUUGCUGAUUUCCUCGGUGUGACAGAGGUUUAGGAAAACAAUCAAUUUCAACAUUGUUGCAUUCACUCUGGAGAAAGACAAUUAAAGGGUUACUCCACCCCAAAAUGAAAAUUUUGUCAUUUCAUUUUGGAUGAAAACUGGGAUUGACUGCAUAGGAAAUGACACUGUCAAGGUCCAGAAAAGUAUGAAAGACAUCGUCAAAAUAGUCCAUCUGCCAUCAGUGGUUCAAUCUGUAUUUUAUGAAGCGACGAGAAUACUUUUUGUACGCAAAGAAAAUAAAAAUAACAAUUAUUUUUUAACAAUUCGUCUCAUCUGCGUCAGCGUAGCAAAGUGCGUAUGCUGUUCUGUGUCAUCCGCUCACACAGAUACGCUGUUUUCAUUCAAAUCAAAGCGUAAAGAACAGAAGACGUAUCCGUGUGGAUACAGCGCCACGGUGUCAGUUAAACUUAUUUUUAACUGUUCAGUGAAAAGGAUUUACUCUGUAUAUGAAUUUUAAUCCACGCUACAUGAACCUUUUCAUAUAAACUGGAGUAAAUGCAAAACUAGAGCCAAACUGAAAUGAGACAUUAGUACUAAAUACGAUAAUGAGUAAAUGAAAAAAUCAUAACUAAAUGACGUAUGUAAGCGCGUUUUCUGUACAUUUCGAAAUAAGGUGCAUUAAAAGUCGAUACAACUUGAUAAAUAUUAAUAUUUUAUUUAAACACGUGUCUCCACGCUCUAUUCAAUAAAAGUCUAGUGCAUUUAAUCUAUUAAAUGAGUGAGCGAUUUUUUUGGAUGUGGUAAGAUUACAUUUAUUUUAGUGAAUAAAGUACUAUAUCUCAGCUAUCGUUUUGUUAGGAAUGGUACACAAAAUGUUAUUUUAUCCUUGCUUCUAGGAAAUCCUCAAUCUAUAUGCUUUCUAACAGCUUCAUGUGGCCGUAAACAUUUAAUUUUAACGUGGCUUUAAGCAUUAUGCAUUGUUAAAGUUUCACUUUCAACGUGUCUAAGCCGGUAAAUGUGGUGUUUACAUGGAAUAAUUGUAAUAUGAGUUUACCUUGUGGUCCGAACCCAGAGUCUCCGCUAGGGCUGUCG